GAGGAGCUGGGCCCUGGAGCGGGGCCGGGUCCUCCCCCCCCUGUCCCGCUGCCAGCUCCCCUUUGGCAGCUCCCUCCGCUUCCCAAACCCCUUCCCACCGGCGCUCCGGAGCACAUGGUGUGUGUGUGUGUGUCCCCCAAACCCAGAGCCCUGCCCGGCUCUCCUGCUCCUCGUGCCCCUUCCCCUGCCCCAAAAUGUCUGUAACGCGGGCUGUCGUUCCCCUCCCGCGCAGACCAGGAGAGCCCCGAGGAGAUGUCGGCGGUGAAGCCCGACAAGGGCGAAGGCGACGCCAGCAGCACCAGCAGCGCCGGCGGCGGGGAGGCCCAGGAGUCGCAGCCCUCCCCGCUGGCCCUGCUGGCAGCCACCUGCAGCCGCAUCGAAUCUCCCAACGAGAACUCCAACAGCUCCCAGGGCCAGCAAGGCGGGAGCGGGGAGCUCGACCUGAACGCGGCCGCCGCCCAGAUCGCCCAGUCGGCCAACGGCUGGCAGAUCAUCUCGGCGGGCUCCAGCACCCCCACGGGCUCCAAGGAGCCGGGCAGCAACGGCAACAAUGGCAGCGGUGACGCCUCCAAGAGCCGCCCGGUGAGCGCGGGGCCGUACGUGGUCACCUCCGCCUCGGGCCUGCAGAACCAGCAGGUGCUCACGGGCCUGCCGGGAGUCAUCCCCAACAUCCAGUACCAGGUGAUCCCCCAGUUCCAGACCAUAGACGGGCAGCAGCUGCAGUUUGCCACCACCCCUGCCCAGGUGAACGUGCAGCAGGAUGCCUCCGGGCAGCUCCAGAUCAUCCCCGGCUCCAACCAGCAGAUCAUCACGAGCCGUGCGGGGAGCAGCAACCUCAUCGCCAUGCCCAACCUGCUGCAGCAGGCAGUGCCCAUCCAGGGCGUGGGCCUGGCCAACAACAGCCUCUCCGGGCAGACCCAGUACGUGGCCAACGUGCCCGUGGCCCUGAACGGCAACAUCACCUUGCUGCCGGUCAACAGCGUGGCCGCCAGCCUGGCGCCCACAUCCCAGACGGGCACCCUGAGCAGCUCGGGCUCCCCGGACAGCAGCUCCCAGCCGGCCACCUCGGGUGCCACCAGCAGCUCUGCCAGCACGGCCUCGUCCCAGGCCAGCUCGGGCGCCUUCUUCACCAACGCCAACAGCUACUCCACCACCACCACCACCAGUAACGUGGGGGUCAUGAAUUUCUCCACCAGCGCCACGGUGGGAACCAAUUCGCAGGCACAGACGCCCCAGAGGGCCAGCAGUGUCCCGAGCUCGGACUCCCUGCAGAGCCCCGUGUCCGGGGUGGCUCUGCAGCCGGGGCAGCAGAAGGAGGGGGAUCAGAGCCAGCAGUCGCAGCAGCAGCAGCAGCAGAUCCUGAUCCAGCCCCAGCUGGUCCAAGGAGGGCAGACAAUCCAGGCCCUCCAGACCACCCCGCUCUCCGGCCAGACCUUUGCCACUCAAGCCAUCUCCCAGGACGCCCUGCAGAACCUGCAGCUCCAAGCUGUCCCCAACUCCGGCCCCAUCAUCAUCCGCACGCCCACGGUGGGUCCCAACGGGCAGGUGAGCUGGCAGACCAUCCAGCUCCAGAACCUGCAGGUGCAGAACCCCCAGGCCCAGACAAUCACCUUGGCCCCCAUGCAGGGAGUGUCGCUGGGGCAGACGGGCAGCACCAGCACCACGCUGACCCCCAUCGCCUCCCUCCCCAGCGGCACCGUCACCGUCAACGCUGCCCAGCUCUCCUCCGUGCCGGGCCUCCAGACUAUUAACCUCAGUGCCUUGGGAGCAUCCGGGAUCCAGGUGCACCAGCUGCAGGGGCUGCCCCUGGCCAUCGCCAACGCCCCUGGUGACCACGGAGCUCAGCUGGGUCUGCACGGUGCCAGCGGGGACGGGCUGGGGGACGAGAGCGCGGCGGUGGAGGAGGGAGAGACCAGCCCCGACCCACAGCCCCAGCAGGGACGGAAACCACGGAGGGAAGCCUGUACCUGUCCCUACUGCAAAGAAGGAGAGGGCAGGUGAGCUGCCCCACCACGGAUCCAGCAUCCCCAGUGGAAUUAUUUAG